CGGAAGUGAUUGGGGGUCAGAGGUCGCCGGUGGCAGCGGGAAUAUGGCGGCUGUGGUCAUGGCGGCGCUGGGCGCUGUUGUGGCCGCGCUCGGCGGGGCGGCGGUUCCGUGAGCGGGGCGGGAGCCUCCCGCCGCGGCGCUGCCCUCUUUCAGACCUCAAGGACAGGAGUCAUGAGGGUAAAACAGUACUGCAUCUUCCUGCAAAAGCCAAACUGAAGUUACACAGAGAAACGUUGAUUCAGAGCCAUGGUGUCAUGGAAAGGGAUAUACUUCGUAGUUGCACUGUUUUUGGGAAGCUUUUUUGGAAGUAUUUUCAUGCUCGGUCCUUUUCUACCUUUGAUGUUUAUUUCCCCGGCCUGGUAUCGCUGGAUCACCGAUCGCAUUGUGGCCACGUGGCUCACACUUCCAGUGGCUUUGCUGGAGAUGGUGUUUGGUGCCAAGGUGGUUGUCACUGGUGAUGGAUUUAUUCCUGGAGAAAGAAGUGUCAUUAUCAUGAACCAUCGCACACGAAUGGACUGGAUGUUCCUGUGGAACUGCCUGCUGCGAUACAGCUACCUCAGACUCGAAAAAAUCUGUCUCAAAUCCAGUCUCAAAAGCAUUCCAGGAUUUGGCUGGGCGAUGCAGGUUGCUGCCUUUAUUUUCAUUCAUAGAAAAUGGGAAGAUGACAAGAGUCACUUUGAAAAAAUGCUGCAUUAUUUCUGUGACAUUCAUGAGCCACUGCAACUCCUCAUCUUUCCGGAAGGAACUGAUCUCACAGCCAAUACCAAAGCUCGCAGUAAUGACUUUGCUGAAAAGAAUGGGCUUCGAAAAUAUGAGUAUGUCUUACAUCCACGGACUACAGGAUUCACUUUUGUGGUGGAAUGUCUAAGGGAAGGUAACAAUCUCGAUGCUAUCCAUGACAUAACUGUGGCAUACCCCCAAAACAUUCCUCAGACAGAGAAGCACCUUUUGAAUGGAAACUUCCCAAAGGAGAUUCACUUUCAUGUCCAGAGAUACCCCAUAGAGACAGUGCCCACUUCUAAGGAGGAGCUGCAGCUUUGGUGCCAGAAGCGUUGGGAAGAGAAAGAGGAGAGACUUCGACGCUUCUAUGAGGGUGGAAAGUGCUUUGAUGAGACGGGGCAAAGCAUCAUUCCCCCGUGUAAAUCUGAGCUCAGGGUCCUCGCAGUCAAGUGCAUCUCGCUGCUCUAUUGGACGGUGUUCCCACUGGGUACGUUUGCACUGCUGUACCUGUACAGCUUUGCACGAUGGUAUUUUGCAGCCAUGAUAGUGCUUUUUGUUGUGCAGCAAAAGAUAUUUGGUGGGCUGGAACUAAUUGAACUUGCUUGUCAUGAAUAUUUCAAAAAGCAACACAAAUAUAAUGACACAAGAAGAAAAAAAAAAUAGUUCUCACGUAAAGAAGGGCAUAAAAAUGUGUGGCUUUGGGACGUACUGCGAAUUUGAUGAACAGGAAAGAAUUUUUGCAUGAGAAUUGUCUUUUCCUAUUGUCAUUGUUUGCUAGACACUUGCACUUAAUUCUGUGAAAAGAAAGAAAACCGUUAGUUAUCACUGCGCGUGAAAGUGAUAGUUUUUAUCUCUGAAUGUAAUUUCAACAUUGCUCUUGCAAGCAGCUAGCAACUGCAUUCUGCUGUAAUUAAGAAACACGUUGCUGGAUUACUGAACAAUCAAAGGGGUGUUAAUAAAUAUGACGUGCACUGAAAGUCCAUGUACAAAUCCAAACUGUCCAGCUAAGAAAGACAGGUGUAUUUACUUCUGUAUAAUCAUAUUGUCAUAAAGCACCAGAUUUGAAAAGCUGCUAAGUUUAACGAUGGCUUGAUGGUAGGUGGAAGCUGGAGGAGGAUGUUCCGUUUCUUUUUUGCUAUUUGACAUAGUCAAACUUACUUUAAAAUACUUUGACUUCAGCUUUUCCAAACACUAUUGAACCUACCACACUAUUCAACCUGUUCUGCCUCACUCAAUCAGAACUUAAAAGGAUUUUUAAGCCUGGCAGUGUUGCGUUGUGGUCCAAGAAACAGUGCUGGGUUUGCCUCCAGUUAAGUCUUAACUGAUUAUUUAAUAGAUCUGUGCAGCUAAGUUUUGAUUUCUCACUGUUCAUGCUGGUUUGGUGUCCCUCUUAGCUGUGGGAGACUUGUUCCUACUGUACUACGUAGAGCUGAAGGAGAGGGGAGCUGGGUUUUGUUGUUGUUUUUUUGGUAUUUUUCUUCCUGGUAGAGGCAAUAAUAUGUCAAAUGGUAGCUGGCAAAUGGUUUUUCAAAGAGGUCUCAUUAUAUACCUUAUUUGCUGUUUCUUUUGUUUUGUUUUGGAGAAGGCAAGGCAUCUUUUCUUUAAAGGAGUUUUGGUUUGUUCUCACAUUGUUUCUUUAGACAUUUCAGAUGUCCAAAUGCAUAAAGAAGUUGUUCGCCUUCUCUGUGCAAGCCAGCCAGACCUGUUGGAAUGCAUCUGAUGCAAUGGUUGUCUUCAUACAAGUAUUAGAAGAGAUGGGUUUCAGUCUAUCACAGCACAGAGAAAUUGAGUUAAAUCUUCUCUUUGCAGUAUUAUCUUUCAUUGGCUGACUGCAGCACUCCUUUUCCAUACUACUUUGCAAUUUUUUAUUGUUUUGGGGGCUCCCACUGUAACACUUUUCCUUCUUUUCCUGAUAUUAAGGGCUUCUGAAUAUCAUGGAACCCGAAUUAAACUCUGACAAUGCACUUUGCAAGUGUAAUAAAUGUAACGUCCACAGUAAAAGGUAUAAACAUUGCCAGCACUUAGGAGACACUUCAGGUUAGACUUGUUCAGCCUCAGAAAUGUUAGAUCACUUGGUCAAAUGUAUUGCUGCAAAACUUUCUGGACUUACUGUGUAUUGCAUGAAGGCUUAAGUGAGCUUAACCAAAAUAGCCUGGCUCUGUAUGUUGAGUUGUACUGCUGUGAAACACGAACUGCCUAUCUCAAGCACUGGGUCAGCACUGUAGGUGCAUUUCUUUCUUCUACAACACUAAAAAUGAUGUCUCGUGUUUGUAUCAAAGGCCAUUUUUAGAAUGAAUCACCAGCCUCUAUUCGACUGUCCCUCGCAAGGUGACAAGUAUUUUUUAAUCCGUGCUUAUAAUAACUGUUUAUUAUGCAGAGAGUACUUGAAGCCAUCUGUUUUAUUCUAAUUUUUUAAUCCUUUUUUCUUAAAAGAUAAAUAAAAGUAGGUUUAUAUUUAGGAUUAUGUUUCUAAAUGAUUUUUCAUAUUUGUAUCAGAGUCCCUAAAGACGGAUAACUGUUGUUUUGUUGCAGUUCUUCUGUGGUACGGUGACAUUUCCUUAAUGUAAUUUUGUGAUAUCAAAGGCAUUUAGACAGAAGCCUCAAUCUUCGUAACUCGGGGCUUUUUCCCUUAACACUCUGCUUUGGUGCAGUUUCCUGAAUGUCCACAUAACAGUCACCACAAGGGAAAAACUAAAAAUGGCAUUAAUAGAUAAGCAGAGGAGACCCAAAAGUUUCGAGUCUGUCCUGAGCCGUGGCUGUGCUUUCACACCAGGAGUAGCCAUGGUUGGGCCACUUCAACAGUAUUACUAAGACUUCAGGAAUGACUUCAGAGGACAGCGUAUGUGGUGGUGAUGUAAAUACCAGCUGCACUUUUUCAAUCAUUCAGAGAAAUCUGUGAUGUCAUAAAGCGUACCAGAAACAUCCGUGUGAGUCCUGGUCAUGGAGCAGGGAAAGGUUUCCAGCGUAUUUUGUAUCUGUGUUUGAUUAGAGUUGAAUUCUGAAAAUGAAAUACAGUGCAAUUCCGAGUUUUUACAAGUUUUCUGUCUGGCUGGAGCCAAAUGUGUAACUCAUGUAACGUGGGAAAUGUCCUGCAAAUCUGUAAUUCAUCCUCUUCUCCUGUGGAUUCAGAUUGAGCAGAAAUAGUCAUUUUCUUGUUAGCUCUAAAUGCUGCAUUGGCACCACCUGGCCACAUAAAACAGGGGAGCCUAAGGUAAGCAAGAAAUCGUCGUCUCCCGGGGAAGGCUGUUGACUUCGAGAUAGGAUACGUUUUCAGAUUGCAUGCCUCAUUUUUCUGUUAGAAAUGCAAGACAAAACAUGCAGCUUUUGUGUUUAAAAAGUCGUUAAAGACAUGAGGGAGAUCUUUCUGUCAGUGCUCUUUUCCUAUUUGGUCAAAAAGUAGCUUUUGGUCAAAAGGUUUUAAUAUGCGGAUUCUGGGGAGAAUACUCUGUUCUUAUUCACCGUUUCCUUAUUCGAAGUAGACUUACUAAGACGUGCUGGGUAAAUGGCUUGAAGUGUUUUCAAUGCUGUUAGAUUAAAGGUGCUAGUACUCCAGGAAUCAAACACGCCUACCUUCUGUGGACUUCAUAGUGGCACCAAGACUUGUCUUACUCAUUAGCCCGGUUUCUCCUGGGUUAUGUCCUCUCGCAGUCCCAGUAGACAGAGCGCAUCAUUCAGCCAUGACUACUCCUGCUGUGGGACCUCCAUCUCUGCUAAGUCUUCCUUAUGUUAUUUGAGAAAAAUGACUUGUUUUUCUUGCCUUUGGAGAUACUCUUCGUUUGUUCCAUCAAAUAUUUCCUCAUCUGCGCUGAGGGUUUUUCCUCUUUGCUCCAAACUGAAAGUUGAAAUCCUCUCAUCUCUGUUCGUCCUGAAACUCGUCUGGCUAACAGGACGUCAAACCAAGACAUUUCUCUUGUGUUCAAAGCUGCAGGGCUCUGAGGUGGUCUGUAAGGUGUUGUCUUGAUCAUACAAAACGUAGUUUCUAGCUCUGUGCAUUGCAUACGUCUCUGUUGUUUAAAAAAGAUGAGUGUUUUUAUAACUUGAUUUUAUAUGUACAUUGUAUGAAAGAAAACACCAGGGUACUACAAACCUACAGAAAGCCUUAGUUUUCAAAGUUCAUUGAUUAUAUUAGGAUAUUUUAACCAUGUAUCAAUUACUCUACCGCAACAAUAAAGUCUUGAAGCAUUGCAUGUGUUUAA